UGCCAGAGAAGGAAGCGGAGUUUCCGGCUAUUUGCAGCGGAGGGAGAGGAUUGCUGACGCCGCGAAACCCCGAAAAAAAGCCGGUGGCCUGGGGGCUUAGCAGUUGAGCAUCUCAAGUGGUCUUUUUUUUUUUUCCAUAUCGGGGUUUUGAUCUUGGGUGAAUUUACGGGCCAAGGGUUCGGGCAGCAGGUCGAGAAGAGCAGAGAAGCGGCACAAGGCGGGGGUGACCCACCAACUACCGGCAUGGCCAGGGACUACGAUUACCUCUUCAAGCUGCUCAUCAUCGGUGACAGCGGGGUGGGAAAGAGCAGUCUCCUCUUGCGAUUUGCAGAUAACACAUUUUCAGGUAGCUAUAUAACCACAAUUGGAGUGGACUUUAAGAUUCGGACAGUGGAGAUCAAUGGGGAGAAAGUGAAGCUACAGAUCUGGGAUACAGCAGGACAGGAGCGCUUCCGCACUAUCACCUCCACAUAUUACCGGGGAACGCAUGGGGUCAUAGUGGUGUAUGAUGUCACGAGUGCGGAGUCUUUCGUUAAUGUGAAACGAUGGCUACAUGAAAUAAACCAGAACUGUGACGACGUGUGUCGAAUAUUAGUGGGAAACAAGAACGACGACCCCAACUCCAAGGUGGUUGAGACAACCGACGCACAAAAGUUUGCAGAGCAGAUGGGCAUCAACUUGUUUGAGACGAGUGCAAAGGAGAACAUCAACGUUGAAGAGAUGUUUAACUGCAUCACGGAGCUUGUCCUAAGAGCCAAGAAGGAGGUGCUGGCCAAGCAACAGCAGCAGCAACAGAAUGACGUGGUCAAACUCACCAAGAACAGUAAACGAAAGAAAAAGUGCUGCUAGCGAACUCGAAGCCACCCAAAAAAGACACCUAGCGUCUUUCUUCAGAAAACACACACACAUGCACACACAAACACACACACACACACACACUUAUAUCCAUACAGGACGGGACUCCAAGCAUCUAAAUUAAAGAGCAUAUAAAAAUCUAAUAAAUAAUACAAUGAAAGAAAAAAAGUGGGGGGGAAAUGUCCCUUUUGGACAAAUAAAUCAUGAAGACUUUAAAAAAAUGUACAGAUUUUAUUAGAAGUCAGAUCAAGUUAUAUUUGGAAUUCAGCAGAUGGGCACUAUUGACCAGGGGUCCUCCUUUCUCGAAGGAUCUGCAAGCUGACCACUGACCGCCAUAAUGCUCAGAUUUCAGUAUACGUAAAUCAAUAUUCUUACAUCAGUAUGUCGUCGCUCCUUCACACAGGACAUAAGUCAAGUUUAACUGCGCCUGAAGAGGAGGAGUCACAUAUUUUUGGAGGGUGGGGGUGGAAGAUGGUUGUUGGAGGGUGUCUAAUCGAAAUGAAAUAGCUCACAACCUUUGUACAUUUUUCUUUUGACUUUUUAUUAUCACGGCUCAUGCCAAGAGAAUCAUGAACUUAUUUGUUUUGUUUUUUAUUUGAAUUGAUGGGGGAAAAAAAAUCACAGGAUGAUAAUGAUCAGUAUCCAACCUUUAGCAACUAAUCCAAUGGACACAACUGGUGACUUGUCAACUGUUUUUCUUGUUUCUCUUGUCUGUAUUUUGCCAAGAUCUCCUCUCUCCCCUCUAUCCUCCAGUAGUGCUGAGCCAAUGACCUGUUCUUCUUCUCAGUGCUGUGACAAGUGACAAGCGGUCAGCCGCUCCUAUUGCGCUGGGCUGGCACUGUUCACUGCAGUCUUACCAAGCUUUCAAGUUUGCAUUUAAACUUUUUCUCCCACCUUUUUUUUUUAAGAAAAAAAAGAUGAUACUGCCAAUAUUAUACAUACAUAGAUGUAAAAACAAAGAAGAAGAAAAAGAAAAGAAAAAACUUAAAGCUCAGUGGCACCCAUGUUGGACUGUUGCCAUUGCGUCCCUGUUGGCCAAGUUGAGUGUGGAGUCAGGGUGAGAAUCAAGGGUCUGAUGAGACCCUGUCGACUCCCCAGGCAGUCCCUGGUGCUGCACCAUCUCCCAUCCUCCUCCUCUUCCCUUUCAGCCACACUGCAGCCCCAGGUUUUCUUUCCACUGUGCACCUGGCGGCCACAUAUCAGCACCUCUCAUAGCUGUGGACUUGCCUCCUAUAUUUGGUUGCUCAAGCGGGAAUUUCCCUCGCACACCGACGAGACUCGAUCGUCGAGGCUUUUGGUUUUGGGCCUGGAAGAUGGAGGAAGAGGAAAACGGGGCUUCUCGUUGUCAUUGCAGUGACCCCCCCCCCCCCAAAUUCAUCCAUGGUUAAGCUAUGUUGUCUGUUUUGAGCAUGUAACACUUUGUUUGAAGGGGUAUGUAUAAGGUUAUAGCUGACUGAUUUACCAGCCUGCAGAAUAUUCUUAACUGUUAAUUAAUGUUAAUGUCUGGUGUCAUGUUAUUUUUUUAAAAACAUUUUUUACACCCGUUUUAUUACCCGUCACAAUCUUGUUACCUGUUCAACUUAAGUGUUGCCGUAUAGUGUUUUUUUUUUUUCCCUCCCUUUUCUUGACUAUGAGAGCAUUGCAGACGCCGUGACUGGUCGGUCACGAAGGAGCACCUCAAGAUGUUCCACAUAACAAGGAAGCCCAGACCUCAGGACCUUCAAUGUGUGUGUGUGGGCCACAAUGAGACAGUUCGUGUCAGAGGGUGAAGCAUCGCAGAAUGUCAAAACAGAAAACCAAGUUCUUGGUUACUGAUAAUUUUUUUUUUCUUAUUGGGAGAAUACAUAAUUGCAACCGUUCCUGGAUAAUGGCUGUAUUUCUGUUGGAUGCAUUCUGAAUUUUCUAUUCUCUGAGCGUGACCCGAGUGUUGGUUGGGAUUACGACGGGCGCUGAGAGGCUGCUGGGUGUUAAUGUGCGAACUUUGGUGAGAGAAGCCCCGGGUCGCAUAGUGCAGUUGUGCCCCGAUUUGAAAGCUGAGGCAGUAGAGGAAAAUGGUAUCAAAUCUCAGACUGUAUGAUUUCUAUUCAUUAUGUGUAUGUAUAUAUAAAUAUAUUUGUGUGUUUAUAUUCAAUAUGGAACAUACACACAUCAGCACAUGUCAUUGUGCAUGUGUAAACAUGCCCUGUGUGCUGUGGUUGAAACACUUAGCAGCUGUGGUUUGCUGUACACUGGAGAACAGAGAUGUACUAUUCAUUUUUUCCCUACAUGAAUUUAAUCAAUAAUAAACAUUUUAAAAGAAUAAAUAUUUGACACAUAAUGAUUGAUCUAUUUGUCCAUGGUUUGGGGCUUGGUCUACUUGGUCAUGAGCCUAUGUCGGUUUCGUUUUUCUGUAAAUUAAACUGUAUGUGAGCAGGUUUGUGCUCCCCAUGGGAAUCCUAAUCAUAAACUGCAGU